AUGGAACUAAAUAUUAAUAGAAUCUCAUUUAUUAUAAUAUCUGCUUUUAUUCUUUUAACGAAGAUUUUCUUUUUUAACCAUGAUAUGACAACGUUUAACAGAUUUUUAUGCGAAAAAUUUGUGCAUUGUAGAAAAUUAGACACAAGAAAUUAUCGAUUAUUAUCAAAAUAUAAACAGGAUAAAGAUUCAACUAAUGUAUGGUUACCAGAAAAUUUUCCAAAUAAUAGAAAGCGUGAAAAAGAAAAUAUAACUAACAAUAAAAAAUGGGCUUCAGAAAAACAUAAAAAAUCUAAUGACAAUUUAAUGAAUAAGGCUCAAUACUAUACAGAAGUUGUAGAUUACAAUAAUGGAAUAUUUGAUGGAAAACAUUUCCAUUUUGAAAAAAAAUUGAUCAAAAAAAGAGAUUAUGAUGAUUUUCUAGAAAGACAGAGGAGAAUUAUAGAUAUAGCUUUAAAAAAGAUUACGUUUAGAAAUUACGGAUUUGGAGGUACUAUAUUUUUACUGUUUUUCUUGUUGGGAAUAGGACUACCAAUAUUACAAGGAUUUAAGUUGUUGCAAAGUGCAGGGGAUGUUAUUAAAACAUUACCAGGGAUGACAGUCUUGUGGGGAUAUGUGGAAGGAUUACUAGGUGAUGCAAAAUGUCAUUUUUUUAUAAUAUCAUUUGGUAUACUUAUGGUUAUAUUAUUUGUAAUACUUAUAAUAAUGUUUCCUAAGAUCUUAAAAAAUAAUGAAAAAUAUAAUAAAUUGAAGAUGAUGAUGGAGUAA